AUGGUGACAGGCCUUCACGUCACACUCGUGGCCACAAUGGGAGCCAAGUGACAGGUAUUGUGGUUGGAGCUUAGACUCUUGGUGUGGGGACUGGGGAGGGGGCGGGGAGUGGGGUAAAGGACUCAAAUGCCUGCACGUCAUCCUUACAACCCCUUCUGGAAUUUACUAUUGCUUUGUUGCUUCCUAAAACUAGCCCCCUUUCCCUCCUCUAAAAUGUCUGAUGGGGAUGUUGAAUCACGCUAAAGGACUAGAACACGAACAGCUGCGUCUCACCAAAGGGAGGGCGACUCGGGCGUCUUUCAUAUGCUCUGCUCCCAGCACCCUUUUGAAGUGAUGAAAUGGCUUUCUCCCUGGCCCUCCUCUCCUAUCCUCUCCCUGGCCUUGCCUGUGUUUUCAUCUUUAUAAAUGUACUUUUGUGCUCUUUUGCUUUGCUUUGGUAUUCAUGCAUUUUUAUCCCCGUACCCCUGCAAGGCUUUGAUUCUUUGUUCUACACUCUUUUCCCAUGCGCCCUCCCACCUUCCAUAUAUUAAUGGAUCUGUGGUGCCUGGCUGGAUCCCACCUCAGGCAUGCUGGAUCUUGUUGUCUCCCUGUCGCCUCACCCUUUCCAACGAUUGAACAAGCUCUCGUUUUAAGCUUGUGUAUUUAUCCUCUGAAAAUUGGUGCUUUGUAGAAGACAUAAAAACAAGGUGGGGCCAUUCUAAACAGAGAACCCUGUAGAAUAGGCCCGGGCAGGUUAAAUGUACCAGUUUUUGUGUGUUUUGAAUUGUUUCUGUAGGUAAAUAGAAGUUCUGUUUGCAGACCUGUGUUUGUUAGCUUCACUAUAGACUCUCUCUACCUUUUUUGGGGUUCAUUUCAAACCAAAAUGUCAUAACAGAUUAGGCUCGUAGAGAAAUGUCCAGCUGAAAUUGCCCAAAUGACCGUACAUGAACAGUAUGCAAGCAACUUCUAUUAUACAAUGAAGUGACCCUGGAUGGGUGCUUGGUUUCCAGAGUCAUGAUGGAGACAUUGUGGACAGGGUAGUCCAUCCUGGCAGUGAUGCAGGCUUCUAGAAACUAGAAGUCAUUCCCAUUCCGCUCCACCCCCCCUCUCUUUACCUGUACCACACUCGCUUCUUAAAGUUUAGUUUUAUAACUUUACAGAUGAAAAAAACAAGACAAUUCAGUUCCUUUGAAGUGAAUGGUAGAGAGCAAGGAUCAUUUGUGAAAGCCCCUGCUAAUCAAUUCAAGCGGCUGUCAUUACCCUGUAAUCCAGAAUUGGCCUCUCCCGGAUCCUCUUGGUAUUCUCUGAGAGGAACGCCUGAACGUCGGGAUCUCAUGACAUCAGCACAUUGGUUUGCUGACUGGGUCUUCUGCUCUCUUUUUAAAAACCCAUUAUACAUUUCUCUUUGUCAAACGGUAUGAAAAAGUGACGGUGCAGCAACCAGCACCUUACUGUACGUGUUGGAAUGUGCCUCUUUCUAGGGAUCUGACGUUAGCUUGUUGAUGUCCCUGGGAGCAGGUUGAACACGGUUUCCUUGAACAAUCAGGUAGACACAGGCACAAUUCCGACUAAUUUUGAUCAGGGUGGCCUAGCUUAAGAGAGAAACUGUUUUUAGUUAAUUCAAAAUGGAUGUCAUUAAACAACAUUAAAAACAAUGAAUCAAAGAUGCAAUCAAGAAAUGCAGAGGGGGAUGGAGGUUGAGCUCAGUAAAAGGAGGAGAGAACUGGAACACUGAACAGUCCUAUUCUAAACUGUGUGUAUAUUUGUCUUUGUCCUCCAGGUCUCCAGGAGAAUGUUUUGGGGAUGAACUGCUGGAAGAGCAGCACCUUGCUGGACGACCCGUGUGACCCCAGAGAACCAUAUUUACCCCAUCGCCACCUCCGCCCCUCUGUCAGUGCUGCAGAAAGCCCAAAGACUUAGUGUGAGCAGUAGGGGGGUGGGGGGGUAGGGAGGGAGGGCAGGGGACCUGGGCUGGUGGAUGGAGUAAAGGCACACAUCCCUUCUGCCAGAGAGCCACCCACCCACCCUAAUGGUGUCCCCUGCCCAUGUCGCUCCCACUACCCCUCUGCAAUGGUGACAUGAGAGUAUGUGAUGUGGAGGAGCCUAUUGUAUUUUGGAAGAAGAAUCUCUGCCACCUCUAAAGCUACUGUUGCAUUCUGAUUGCUUUCACCGUGCACUCUGUGACUGAUUCUGCGCAGGGUGAUGUUGCUGCCGUCAUGCGGUCGCCUCCGGCGGCUCUUCCGUCACUCUCACUCCUUCACUCUCCAGACCAGCCUGCUGCUCCUCUUCCUCUUCUGCAUGGUCAGCGUCCUGGUCUCCGCCUACUUCCUCUACGGAGUCAAGCGGGAGCUGGAGCCGGCUGCGGGGGGCGUGGGAGGGUCGGAGGAAGGCACUGCCGACUGGGACGACCCCCGGGCCGCCACCCCCUCCACCUCCUCUCGAGCGCUCCCUCCACGCACGGCCAGGCCCUCAGACGCGUCACGCACCGACCCUGUGGUGCUGGUGUUUGUUGAGAGCCUGUACUCCCAGCUGGGCCAGGACAUUGUGGCCAUCCUAGAGUCUGGACGCUUCCGCUACCGGACCGAGAUCGCCCCGGGGAAGGGGGACAUGCCCACUCUGACAGACAAGGACCGAGGCCGUUUCACGCUGGUCAUCUACGAGAACAUCCUGAAAUACGUCAACCUGGACGCCUGGAACAGAGACCUACUGGACAAGUACUGUGUGGAGUACGGAGUGGGCAUCAUAGGCUUCUUUAAGGUUAGUACUGUGUGGAGUACGGAGUGGGCAUCAUAGGCUUCUUUAAGGUUAGUACUGUGUGGAGUACGGAGUGGGCAUCAUAGGCUUCUUUAAGGUUAGUACUGUGUGGAGUACGGAGUGGGCAUCAUAGGCUUCUUUAAGGUUAGUACUGUGUGGAGUACGGAGUGGGCAUCAUAUGCUUCUUUAAGGUUAGUACUGUGUGGAGUACGGAGUGGGCAUCAUAGGCUUCUUUAAGGUUAGUACUGUGUGGAGUACGGAGUGGGCAUCAUAGGCUUCUUUAAGGUUAGUACUGUGUGGAGUACGGAGUGGGCAUCAUAGGCUUCUUUAAGGUUAGUACUGUGUGGAGUACGGAGUGGGCAUCAUAGGCUUCUUUAAGGUUAGUACUGUGUGGAGUACGGAGUGUCAUAAUGACUCAACAAAUUGUACUUUUUUAAUUACUCUGCCAUUUAAGUAAUGCCCCUCCCCCCCCUUUACUUUUCCUAAAUAAGUGUAUAUAACAGACUGUCGUUGUUAGAAUCUUAAUAUCACAAACAGAAUUUGUGUUAUAGUUUUAAGAGGACAUGUCACCCCCCCCCCCCCCCCCCCCCCCCCCCCCCCUUUAAUGGUUGUGAUAGGAGACAACUGAGGAUGGAUCAACAACAUUGUAGUUAGUCCACAAUACUAACCUAAAUGACAGAGUGAAAUGAAGGAAGCCUGUACAGAAUGCUCAAAAUAUUCGAAAACAUGCAUCCUGUUUUCAAUAAGGCACUAAAGUAAAACUGCUAAAAAUGUGGCAAAGAAAAUUAACUUUAUGUCCUGAAUAUAAAGCGUUAUGUUUGGGGCAAAUCCAACAAAGCACAUCACUGAGUACCACUCUUCAUAUGUUCAAGCAUGUUGGUGGCUACAUCAUUUUGUGGGUAUACUUGUUAUCGGCAAGGACUAGGGAAUUUUCUGGGAUAAAAAGAAACUGAAAAUACAGCUAAGCACAGGCAAAAUCCUAGAGGAAAACCUGGUUCAGUCUUCUUUCCAACAGACACUGGGAGAUUAAUUCACCUUUCAGCAGGACAAUAACCUAAAACACAAGGCCAAAUCUAUGCUGGAGUUGCUUACCAAGACGACAUUGAGUGGCCUAGUUACAGUUUUAACUUAAAUCGGCUUGAAAAUCUUUGGCAAGACUUGAAAAUGGCUUUCUAGCAAUGAUAAACAACCAACUUGACGGAGCUUGAGGAAUUUGUUAAAGAAUAAUGGCCAAAUUUUGUACAAUCCAGGUGUGGAAAGCUCUUAUAGACUUACCCAGAAAGACUCACAGCUGUAAUUGCUGCCAAAGGUGAUUCUAACAUGUGUUGACUCAGGGGGUUGAAUACUUAUGUAAUCAAGAUAUAUUAGUGUUUUAUUUUUCAUAAAUGUUUUACAAAUGUAAUAAUUCUUCUUCCACUUUGACAUUGCAGAUUAUUUUGUCUAGAUCGUUGACAACAAAUUACAAUUAAAUAAAUGUUAAUCCCACUUUGUAGCACAAGAAUGUGGGAAAAGUGAAGGGGUGUGAAUACUUUCUGAAGGCACUGUACCUCACGAAGCAACUGCUCUCUAUACCUCUCGAUCACACGUUCUUCUGUGUCUACCCUCAGUCUCAGACCGGACAAGUAGGCGCACCAUGGCAUUAUGGUCAUUGUAGUUAAUUACCACGUUUUCUGCACUAAACUAUGUAGAGUAUUGGCCUGUUGGAAACUACAACUCCCUACUACAUCGCACAGUUCGGGCUUGAUCUGAUUUAUCUCUAGAGAAACUCUGCAUUGCACUCACAGGAAAAUUAAUAAAUGGAAUUCAAUUAAUUGAACCGUCGUCGUCAAUUAGUUGUUUUAAAAUAACCAAAAUGUUGGUUAAUCAGUCAGCACUAUUAAAAUAUGAUAUGUUAUUUUUAAGUACAUUUUCUUAUUUCCAUAAUGUUUCUUAAGUAAAUUAUAAUGGAUUUUUUUGUGACGUAUUUAACUCUUGAACUGCGGUGGUUUUAGUGUUUUUUUGUUUGUUAUUACAGUAACAUAAAAAAAUUAUAUAAUAAUAUAAUAUGCCAUUUAGCAUAAACCAUUUAACAUAAACCAAUGAAUGCUAUUAUGUUCUUUUAAAUAAUUGUUUUUUUCCCUUGUUCUGAUACCUAAGACCUUCAUAAACACAACCAAAUGAUUAUUUUUGCGAUCUCAUAUAUGAAAUCUAUUUAUUAGACUGUUAGAAUGUUGAUGUUCAAAAGAGGCGUCAUUGGCCCGAAGGGGGGUCCAACAAGGCCAGGCUUUUCUAGUGUUUAAGGUUAGUACUGUGUGGAGUACGGAGUGGGCGUCAUAGGGUUAUUUGUAAGGUAAGAGCCAGUCACUGAUUGCAGGCUGGUAAGAUUGAUGUACAUUUCUUAUCAAUCUCAAGUGUCUUAAAUCAGCCGUAUAAACAAACAAUACGUCCUAUGAAACGCUAUAGACAUUAUACUGAUUUGCCGGGUAGGAGCACUUGUGCUGAUUGUGUCAGACCUUUGUGUGUUCAGUCUGAUCCCUGGUUCAUCAUGCUGAAUAAGUAAUCAGACUUAUCAUCAUGCCUCUACUCUUGAGUCUCCUCACCCUGACUUUGCCCCUGGCCCUCUUUCUGCAUCAGGCUACAAUCACAAUGUAGACUAGAAGAGGUCCUCCUAAGCACUAAGCAUCCUCUCAUAGUCUGGGAUAUGCAGGCAUUGCUGGAGGUCAGGUCAGAGAAAGUGGACACCUAGACUGGUUUGUUUAAGUACAUAGUCGGAUGAGUAGGAAAGUGGACUGUGAGCUGCAAGACUGCAGAAUUCUCCGGUCCGCCCUGAAGCCGAGGGGGAAUUCAGUGGUUUGCAAUAAAAGUGUCUGAAUGAAAUGUGCGCUCGUUAAUUUUAAAUGACUCCCGACUGUGUAAAAGGCGUGCCUUGAGGGUGUCGUCUAACCUGGAAGUCUAGCUCUGUGUUUAGCGUGUACAGUAUAAUACAGUACACACACACACACACAGGUCUAUCAACAGAGUCUGUGCCUGUGGUUGGCUGCUACCCUGCCGUUCCUCUAGUACGGUGGUUCUGUCAUGGCUCAUCGACCGUAGGCCCGUAGCUUAGCUGAUAAUGGCCCUGCUGGAACGGCUCAGCAAAUUCACCAGGGGUGGGAGUGGGACUCACUCAGCUGCUUGGCUGCUAAAGUAACUUGGUCUGCCUAAUUCCCCUUGGUGGGGUCUGAAGUAAACCCCCUCCUGUUAGAACCACAACACUGGGGCUAAGUGGACUCGCCCAGCCUGGUCCCAGAGCUGACGUACAUGGGAAGUCAAAGUGCUAUAGCAGGGUUAUCACAACCUGAGAGGCCAGCCAGGGCCAUGGCUAACCAGCACCCUCACUUUUAAUUACACCCAGGCAGGGAUAGAGGCUGCUUUAAGCCCCUCUCGUCCUCCCAUUAGUCCUUGAGCUUAAUCCCAUAUCCAUGUUGUUGCUGUGUAAUUGGAAUAAAUCCUCCCCUCCUGAACUAGCACUAGUCAGUCUCCUCAUAAUUCACCCAGGGCUAGGCUAUAUUAAGAACUGCCCCAUUUUCUUGCUGUGGGCGUUUGGCCAAUCAACCCAGUAGUAUCCCUGGGCUAGUUGCCAUGACCAGUGGUGUAAAGUACUUAACAAAAAAUACUACUUAAGUCGUCUUUUUGGGUAUCUGUACUUUACUUUACUCAAGUAUGACAAUUUAUUACGUUUUCCACCACUGGCACGCACUGAAGGCUAGGCCUAAUAGGUGAUAUCCAGCCGGAUAGAUGGAUAGCAAAUCAUAUUUUCCAAAGUCACAUAUUGCCAGUGGCUCUGAGCGUAGAGCAGCAUUUGCUAAGCCACUGAAUUAUGAUUUGCUAGUUUGGUUUGGAUGGGAGUCUGCCAGGCUCAGACUGUCUAUGGCUGUGACUGUGAUUGUGUCGAAUUGCCAAAUGCUGUUUAUCACCAAUCGAUACAACAGUUAUGGGGCUCCUGCUCAGAAUGUAAAUGAACAAAUAAGGGGCAGAGGGUUCACCUGCGUAUUUAUUUCGCCCCUGCACAAAUGCACACAAACACAGGGAUUUACACACGACCCACGCAUAGCCAGAGCCCCUAACUCUUUGGUAAAGAAUCUGGGAAUCAGAGUUUAUAUUGUGUGUAGGAGAGUUAGUUAAUUAACAUAUUGCCAGUUAUGUAAUAAUUUAAAGGAUAAAGUGUGCAAAUGUUUUCAGCAUUGGAAGAGAAUUUUGAGGCCACAGAAUUGUGGAGGAAAUUAACUGUAAACUGAAAUGCAGCUGACGUGACCUGGCUCCAUCUCUCCUCUCUCCCAGGCCAAUGAGAACAGCCUGCUCAGUGCCCAGUUGAAGGGCUUCCCUCUCUUCCUCCAUUCCAACCUGGGCCUGAGGGACUGCAGUGUCAAUCCCAAGUCCCCCCUGCUCCUCAUCACUAAGGCCCGGGAGGUUGAGCGAGGCCCCCUACCCGGGGACGACUGGACCGUCUUCCAGUCCAACCACUCCACCUACGAGCCUGUUCUCCUAGCCAGGACCCGGGUGCCUGACCUGGGCCCAUCAGGGGCGGGGGUGGGGGUAGGCGGCCCCCCCCUCCAUGCCUCUGUGGUCCAGGACCUGGGGCUUCACGACGGCAUCCAGCGGGUGCUCUUCGGCAACAACCUCAACUUCUGGCUGCACAAGCUGGUGUUUGUGGACGCUGUAGCCUUCCUGACGGGCAAGAGGCUGUCUCUGGCUCUAGAUCGCUACCUGCUGGUGGACAUCGACGACAUCUUCGUGGGCAAGGAGGGCACCCGCAUGAAGGUCUCCGACGUCAAGGUAGGCAUCCGCAGUUUAUUGGUCUUUGUAAGGGGAUUUUGUUUAUGAAGUGGGUUUACUUGUGUUGGUAUGUUUCUGUGCGUGGUAUUUAGUUCAGUGAGUAGGCUAAUCACCAGAGGUGGGGCCGAGUCACAAGCAAGUCUCAAGUCACAAGGUACAAGUCUCAAGUCGAGUCCCAAGUAGAACGGGUCGAGACUCAAGUCAAGUCCAAGUCGUGCAUUCUAAGAGCAAAUCUAUACAGGCAAUGACUUGUUGAACUAACAAAUUAUGCUUGCAUUCAUUAUUUGGUCUACAACACAUUUUGAUUAUAUAAUAAUUCAUUUCAACAAAUUCUAAUUGCAAGCUUCAUACGUAAAUUAUCAAUUUCAAGCAAUUUUGACAUACCAAAAGACCAGUAGGUCUAUGCUAGUAAUUGUUACUUGAUGCCCCAUUGCUGGUAAGUAAAUGGUUCAUAUUCUUGAUCACAUUUUACAUUUUAGUCAUUUAGCAUACAUUUUCAUACUGGCCCCCCGUGGGGAAACGAACCCACAACCCUGGCGUUGCAAGCGCCAUGCUCUACCAACUGAGCUACAGGGGACACAUUUUUGAGGAGCUGCAUGUUCAUUUGUGGCAAUCCUCUCUCCCUACAAUUUGUCUUUUGCGCUGCACCCGAUCCUAUAGCUGUACAGCAAAUCAGCAAUCUGUUCGAUAGCUCAGUGGUUUUCAAACUUUUUGACCCUCGACCCCCAAAAAGGAGUGGUUCAAAGCUUGCGACUCAUGCGCGUGCACAUGCAAUCGGGCACAGGGCAAACGCGCGCACAAUCGCUGCGCAAAUGUACACUGCCUUCGGAAAGUAUUUGGACCCCUUGACUUUUUCCACAUUUUGUUACGUUACAGCCUUAUUCUAAAAUGGAUUCAAUACAAAAAAAUCCUCAGCAAUCUACACACAAUACCCCAUAAUGACAAAGUGAAAACAGGUUUUUAGAAAUGUUUGUAAAUUCAAUUGAUUGGACAUGAUUUGGAAAGGCACACACCUGUCUAUAUAAUGUCCCACUGUUGACAGUGCAUGUAAGCGCAAAAACCAAGCCAUGAGGUCGACGCAAUUGUCCGUAUAGCUCCGAGACAGGAUUGUGUCGAGGCACAGAUCUGGGGAAGGGUACCAAAAGAUUUCUGCAGGAUUGAAGGUCCCCAAGAACACAGUGGCCUCCAUCAUUCUUAAAUGGAAGAAGUUUUGAACCACCAAGACUCUUCCUAGAGUUGGCCGCCCGGCCAAAUUAAGCAAUCGGGGGAGAAGGGCCUUGGUCAGGGAGGUGACCAACAACCUGAUGGUCACUCUGACAGCGCUCUAGAGUUCCUCUGUGGAGAUGGGAGAACCUUCCAGAAGGACAACCAUCUCUGCAGCACUCUACCAAUCAGGCCUUAUGGUAGAGUGACAAGACGGAAGCCACUCCUCAGUAAAAGGCACAUGACAGCCCGCUUGGAGUUGCCAAAAGGCACCUAAAGAAUCUCAGACCAUGAGAAACCAGAUUCUCUGGUCUGAUGAAACCAAGAUUGAACUAUUUGGCCUGAAUGCCAACCGUCACGUCUGGAGGAAAACCUGGCACCAUCCCUAUGGUGAAGCAUGGUGGUGGCAGCAUCAUGCUGUGGGAAUGUUUUUCAGCGGCAGGGACUGGGAGACUAGUCCAGAUCGAGGCAAAGAUGAACAGAGCAAAGUACAGAGAGAUCCUUGACCCAGAGCGCUUAGGACCUCAGACUGGGGCGAAGGUUCACCUUCCAACAGGACAACGACCCUAAGCACACAGCCAAAACAACGCAGGAGUGGCUUCGGGACAAGUCUCUGAAUGUCCUUGAGUGGCCCAGCCUGAGCCUGGACUUGAACCCGAUUUAACAUCUCUGGAGAGACCUGAAAAUAGCUGUGCAGCAAUGCUCCCCAUUCAACCUGACAGAGCUUGAGAGGAUCUGCAGAGAAGAAUGGGAGAAACUCUACAAAUACAGGUGUGCCAAGCUUGUAGCGUCAUACCCAAGAAGACUCAAGGCUGUAAUCGCUGCCAAAGGUGUAAAGGGUGUGAAUACUUAUGUAAAUGUGAUAUUUCUGUUUUUAUUUUUAAUACAUUUGCAACAAUUUCUAAAAACCUAUUUUUGCUUUGUCAUUAUGGGGUGUUGUGUGUAGCUUGAUGAGGGAAAAAAGUUGCAUGAAAGACAUGAGCUCUGCUUUGUUUCUUGCACAAUUUCACAAGCACUUGAUAAAUGCCUCAAAUUUCCCGGUGGCAUCCCCCUUGUGUAGCUGUAAUGCCCCCAAAAACAUCCAUGCCUUUUGCGGCCGUUGUGCCCUUGGGCUGAAUAUAAUAAUAAUAAUUCCCUUCUUCCGGCUGCCAAUCGCCGUGCCCUGAAGAACCUCUCACUCACAUGGCUCUCUCAGAUAUCGCAAUUACAGUGAGGGGAAAAAAGUAUUUGAUCCCCUGCUGAUGUUGUACGUUUGCCCACUGAAAAAGAAAUGAUCAGUCUAUAAUUUUAAUGGUAGAUGUAUUUGAACAGUGAGAGACAGAAUAACAACAAAAAAAUCCAGAAAAACGCAUGUCAAAAAUGUUAUAAAUUUGAUUUGCAUUUUAAUGAGGGAAAUAAGUAUUUGACCCACCUCUCAAUCAGAAAGAUUUCUGUCUCCCAGGUGUCUUUUAUACAGGUAACGAGCUGAGAUUAGGAGCACACUCUUAAAGGGAGUGCUCCUAAUCUCAGCUUGUUACCUGUAUAAAAGACACCUGUCCACAGAAGCAAUCAAUCAAUCAGAUUCCAAACUCUCCACCAUGGCCAAGACCAAAGAGCUCUCCAAGGAUGUCAGGGACAAGAUUGUAGACCUACACAAGGCUGGAAUGGGCUACAUGACCAUCGCCAAGCAGCUUGGUGAGAAGGUGACAACAGUUGGUGCGAUUAUUCGCAAAUGGAAGAAACACAAAAGACCUAUCAAUCUCCCUCGGCCUGGGGCUCCAUGCAAGAUCUCACCUUGUGGAGUUGCAAUGAUCAUGAGAACGGUGAGGAAUCAGCCCAGAACUACACGGGAGGAUCUUGUCAAUGAUCUCAAGGCAGCUGGGACCAUAGUCACCAAGAAAACAAUUGGUAACACACUACGCCGUGAAGGACUGAAAUCCUGCAGCGCCCGCAAGGUCCCCCUGCUCAAGAAAGCACAUAUACAGGCCUGUCUGAAGUUUGCCAAUGAACAUCUGAAUGAUUCAGAGGAGAACUGGGUGAAAGUGUUGUGGUCAGAUGAGACCAAAACGAGCUCUUUGGCAUCCACUCAACUCGCCGUGUUUUGAGGAGGAGGAAUGCUGCCUAUGACCCCAAGAACACCAUCCCCACCGUCAAACAUGGAGGUGGAAACAUUAUGCUUUGGGGGUGUUUUUCUGCUAAGGGGACAGGACAACUUCACCGCAUCAAAGGGACGAUGGACGGGGCCAUGUACCGUCAAAUCUUGGGUGUGAACCUCCUUCCCUCAGCCAGGGCAUUGAAAAUGGGUCUUGGAUGGGUAUUCCAGCAUGACAAUAACCCAAAACACACGGCCAAGGCAACAAAGGACUGGCUCAAGAAGGAGCACAUUAAGGUCCUGGAGUGGCCUAGCCAGUCUCCAGACCUUAAUCCCAUAGAAAAUCUGUGGAGGGAGCUGAAGGUUCGAGUUGCCAAACGUCAGCCUCAAAACCUUAUUGACUUGGAGAAGAUCUGCAAAGAGGAGUGGAACAAAAUCCCUCCUGAGAUGUGUGCAAACUUGGUGGCCAACUACAAGAAACAUCUGACCUCUGUGAUUACCAACAAGGGUUUUGCCACCAAGUACUAAGUCAUUUUUUGCAGAGGGGUCAAAUACUUAUUUCCCUUAUUAAAAUGCAAAUCAAUUCAUAACAUUUUUGACAUGCGUUUUUCUGUAUUUUUUUGUUGUUAUUCUGUCUCUCACUGUUCAAAUAAACCUACCAUUAAAAUUAUAGACUGAUCAUCUCUUUGUCAGUGGGCAAACAUACAACAUCAGCAGGGGAUCAAAUACAUUUUUCCCUCACUGUAUUAUUAGCCAAUGCCCGUCAUGUGAUCAGGUCCUUCUCACAGGCAUCUCAGCUCCGAAGUAGGCUACAAGUGAAGAUCGACACAUCGGGAACGCAACUGCGCGCGUCCUUAUUGAAUUCAUUAGAUGUUAGAACUGUCCACAUUUUACUUUUUGUCAGCCAACAAGAUGAGUAGGCCUAACGAACAGCAAAAGCACUAGCCUAUGUCAAUCUACUAUCCCCCAUAGUACAAAAGUUGAACUAUUCUAUUGUGAUAAAUAAAUAUUCCAAACAUAGUCUGGGACAGUUGUGGGAUGCGAUACAUCCCAAAUUAAUACAACCACUUGCAUCAAAAAAUGUUUUUAAAGCAGUGGGGCUGAUGCAACAGAUCAGAAUGUUUAGCUUAAAAUGUUGAUAAACUAUUAGGCUGUUUCUUCACAUUAUAAGCGCAGCAAUGCGCACACGGCAUUAGGCUAUAAGCGCGAAUGUUCCAAAGUGCAAUCCAUUAGUGGGAAAACACCAUUCUCAAAAGUGACCGCAAAUGCGAUUUAUGCAUGUCAUUUUUUAUUAUAAAGGUACAUUUCUAUGGUGAAAAUGAUCUUCCCCAAACUUGAAACUCACGCGCCGCCUCUGUAUGCCAGUUAGGCUCUACACUGGUUGUAAAGCGGAUUAAUGUGCUUAAUUAUAAUAAGUUAUUUGGCCACUUUAGUUGUGAUACAAACCUUAUCAAAAUAUAUAGGGCUAUGGGCUAGGAUACAUGAGGUGUGUGACUAUGAUUAGAAAAAGUCGCAAAGAAAAGGCAUGCACUGUUUCUUGCCUUAAUACACAUGCUGGGCAUCAUUCACAAGGGAUAUUAUGUCAUUCAGUGAUUGGCUAAUAUUGUCACCCAUCAGACUAUUCUUAAUUUAAUCUUGUCUUUACAUAUACUAAAUAAUGUAUGUGUGAAAUUUAGUUUUGAUUUAAAAUGGACCAGUCAUCUAUGCACUUAAAUAGCGAACUGAGGACGCUUUUCCCAUGGUUCAUUUUCAUGCCAGCCAGGUAGGCUAUACUCCUGUUGAAAAGCGAAGCAAUGUGCUUAAUAUUAGGAAAGUAGAGAAAUAUAGACCAUCAGCAACAUCAGAGCUUGGAGAAGCCUAAUUACCAUGACUAAACGGUCACGUGGAAUUUGACUGCGGUCAUGACUCGUGACCGCCGGUGUGGCGGUAAUACGGUCACCGUAACAGCCCUAGUUACAUCUUUAUCCUAUAAGUAUUGAAGGUAGAGCGAUGUUACAGCUGUCUUUAGACAAAGCCAGUACCACCACUGAGGUAUAUAAUUAUAACCCACUCAAACUAAGCCUAACUGGAAUAUGAAAAUGAUCAAUGAAAUCACCAGGUACCUAUUAUUGUGGGACAGAUGCGUCCGUAGCAGAUUGCUAAAUGGUACUUUAUAUAGAUAAUAUUAAUAUAGGUAGGCAUAGACUACUCUGUUUUUGCCAGGAAAAACCAGAGAAAAUUAAACAAGUGCUUUCUGGUCACUAAUGUGCUCCUGCCUUUGCAUGCCAAUGCUGAUGACUGGUCAUUGGUCAACAUUCAAGACGCAGUUACCCCGAUACUUGGGGAAAACGCCCCUUUUCUAAAAACAUUUAAAUGAAAUAACUAAAGUGUAGCCACUUAUUUCCCUUCCUAGUUUGUUUGCCUAAGCCUGACCAUCAUCCACAUACCACGUGUUUACCAAACUUUGCUUUUUUUUUGCCAGCAAUUGGACAUUGUUCUCGGGGGGGGUGGGGCUUGUUACCCCACAUUACCCUAAUCCAAGGAGACUGUGCUACAAAAUGAGUGACGAAACGUUGUUAAACCUGGCCAGAUAACUUCAAGUCAUCAGUCUCAUCAGUCCCGAGUCUUGAGGUUCCUAGUCAAGUCUCAAGUAAAAAAAUGUUUUAUCAAGUAAUCAGACUCCAGUUUAAGUUUUAUGACUCGAGUCCACAACUCUGCUAAUCACUCAUUAUCUGUUGCAUAUCAAUCUGCCCUAUUCUAUUGCUGGUGCAUACAUAUUCCCAGAGAGAUUUACUGUGUGACAGUGCCAAUGUUAUUAUAGUAAACUAAGACUGAAACUAGUAAAACAAAAAAAACAAAAAAAUUGUAAACUGAAAUAAAAUAAUUAACAAACUCGUUUUAAAAACUAACUAUACUGAAAUUAUCUUUGACUGUAAAACGAACUAAAAUAAAAACCAUGAAUUAUGUUCAGUUUUAGUUUUUUUCUAAACUGUGUGCAAAACAUUCAUGGGGUUUUCAAGCUUUUUGGGGGGUUUUCAAGCCUCUGAAUCUGGUUGGUAAAUGUUGCCUGGAGAUGGUGAGGUUUGAAAUAGACCUUGCUUGUGCAUCACAAGCUAGCUAACAGUGAAGAAAUCCGCUAGGUAGAUGGCCUAGCCAAAGGGCGAGGCAGAGCUUAAGCAAUAGCGACAGCAAACCCUAAACCUCCACUGGUCGGUCGAUAACAGCAAAGCCCCGAAUAGGAUUACUUUGAGAACUUUCUGUCAGAUAAAGGUAACGGUUCUUGAUUCUUCUUACAUGUACUACUAAAGUUAAAAAGCAUUGGAUUGGUAUAAACAUAGGCGAGAGAGUUUCCUUCUAGCAUAUUCCUUGCACCAGUCUAGGCGCUAUUCCUUUUAAAUUCAAGUCACAUUGAUAUUGACUUUAUAAUUUAAACCUGACCCCAUCCUUUUAUGUAUUACCGCCCCAUAGUGGUGUCCCAAAAAACACUAAAACUAUACAACCCAAAUGGCUCCUAGCCUCCCACGCAUACCUUCUGUCCCGAACCCUGAAACUAAAACUGAAACUAAAUAAUAUAAAAACAUAAUAUACAUAUUUUUAUAAAACUUUAACUAAAUGAAAAAAUAGCAAAUCAGGUCUGAAAACCAACUGAAGCUAAACUGAAUUUAUAAUAAAUAAAUAAAAAAACAACACUAAACUAUAAUAAGCAGUGAGUCAUUCAGGUGUCCGUGCCAGAGGCAGAGCUGACCUUGGAGGAGGGAGACAGACAGGUGACUUUACCAUGUGUGAGUGAGCCCAUGCCAGAGUUGGGAAGAUGUGACAGUGACAGAGGGGUACAGGUGCAACCACCUACAUGUCUCUUCCCAGGGGGGCCGUCUUGAGGACACAGGACAGGGGGACACAGCUGGCCUGACUGCCAUGGUAGUCUCUCCCUCACGCUGUCACUGUAUAUCAAAUCAAAUUUUAUUUGUCACAUACACGUGUUUAGCAGAUGUUAUUGGGGGUGUAGCGAAAUGCUUAUAAAUAGUACAUUAAAAAACAAAAUACCGCAAAGUUUCUGAAGAGCUAGUCGCGAAGCCGCCAUCUUUGUUGGCGCCUUACUUCACAGCCUGAGAGAGAGAGAGAGAGAGAGAGAGAGGGGUGGAGGGGAGAGGGGAGAGGAAGGAUUAGAAUGCAACGGAGUGGAACAGAAUAUAUUUUCUUGUAUUUCCAUCCAAUGCCUCUUUGAAAGUAGAAUAAGACUCGGUGUGACUGGAAUCCCAUACAGCCUCCUCCUCAGUCAAACACUUAUUACUAACUAAAGGUCAGGAACCGCCCUCCAGCGUUCGUCCACAUCUUUGUCUCUCUCCCUCCAACCCAGGGGACAUCCUUUGUCCAUCCAGCCUUUCUAGCCGUCCAGGCCUUUUAACACCCCCUCCCUGCCACAGCAGCAGCAGGGUGUGAAGCUCAGCUCAACCACUGUCUUCGGCUUUGCUUUGUGAUGAGUCACUGUUCAAGGGGCGUCCGCAGACUGGCCUACAGCAUGAAUAUUUGAUACGGACGCAGCUUUGCAUUGUUUUUCUUGUUUUUCUCAUCUUCUGAGUUGUUCAGUGAAGGGGGCAAUGAAACGCAAAGACAAUCAAGGCGGUGUUGUCUUGUCUGCCACCACAGUGUUAAAUGUGAAUCAGGCUUUGAUUGAGCUGUGGCAGAGAGGGACUAAACCUAAAAAAAGAAAAAAUAGACCCAGAUGCAAAGUGAAUGUGGACAGGGUAAUGAAGCAUAGAGGAAUGAUGAGAUGGAUGCUAAGUUGCUGGAGGCAGAAUAAACAACUCACAUCAGUGUGUUUGUUAGAGAGAGGGGGAGAGUGCGUUUGUCUGUCUGUGCGGGGGGAAAUGUGUGGACUGAAUACAACUGCUAACUACAGUGCUUCUUUGAGUAACUGAUAAAGAAUGCACAUGUGGUGGCCUGGGGUGGUCUAGCAGUCUAUGUCACAAGUAAAAUGUACCGCUGCCAGCAAAGGCUCUUUCAGCACUCUCUCUCCUACCUUUCACCCUAUCUCGCUCUCUCCAAGAAAACAUACAAAAUAGUUAACAUACAGUGCAUUCUGAAAGUUUUCAGACCCCUUUACUUUUUCCACGUUUUGUUACGUUACAGCCUUAUUCUAAAAUUGAUUAAAUCGUUUUUUCCCUCAUCAAUCUACAGACAAUACCCCAUAAUGACAAAGCAAAAACAGGUUUUUAGAUACCAUUUUUGUUUCUUAAAAAAAAAACGGAAAUAUUACAUUUACAUAAGUAUUCAGACCCUUUACUCAGCCUCGAGUCUUCGUGGGUAUGACACUACAAGCUUGGCACACUUGUAUUUGGGUAGUGUCUCCCAUUUUUCUCUGCAGAUCCUCUCAAGCUCUGUCAGGUUGGAUGGGGAGCGUCGCUGCACAGCUAUUUUCAGGUCUCUCCAGAGAUGUUCGAUCGGGUUUAAGUCCAGGCUCUGGCUGGGCCACUCAAGGACAUUCAGAGACUUGUCCCGAAGCCACUCCUGCGUUGUCUUGGCUGUGUGCUUAGGGUCGUUGUCCUGUUGGAAGGUGAACCGGCCCAGUCUGAGGUCCUGAGCACUCUGAAGCAGGUUUUCAUCAAGGAUCUCGUUCAUCUUUCCCUCGAUCCUGACUAGUCUCCCAGUCCCUGCCGCUGAAAAACAUCCCCACAGCAUGAUGCUGCCACCACCAUGCUUCACCGUAGGGAUGGUGCCAGGUUUCCUCCAGACGUGAUGCUUGGGAUUCAGGCCAAAGAGUUCAAUCUUGGUUUCAUCAAACCAGAGAAUCUUGUUUCUCAUGGUCUGAGAGUCUUAAGGUGCCUUUUGGCAAACUCCAAGCGGGCUGUCGUGCCUUUUACUGAGGAGUGGCUUCUGUCUGGCCACUCUACCAUUAAGGCCUGAUUGUUGGAGUGCUGCAGAGAUGGUUGUCCUUCUGGAAGGUUCUCACAUCUCCACAGAGGAACUCUGGAGCGCUAUCAGUGACCAUCAGGUUCUUGGUCAUCUCCCUGCCAACAUUCCUAAAAACCUGUUCGUUUUGUCAUGAUGGGGUAUUGUGUGUAGGUUGAUGAGGAAAAAUAAUGUAAUUCAUUUUAGAAUAAGGCUGUAACGUAACAAAAUGUGGAAAAAGUCAAGGGGUCUGAAUACUUAGUAUUGUAUUUAUUUAUUUUAAAAAAUGUAAUGCAUGUGAAUGACUCCUAACAGUUGUCCCUGUCCCCUCUGUCCAGGCCCUACUGGAGACCCAGAAUGACCUCCGAACCUUAGUCCCCAACUUCACGUUCAACCUGGGGUUCUCUGGAAAGUUCUUCCAUACUGGUGAGUGGACAAGCAGUUUGGUCACCCACUGUAUGACUGUGUAGGCGAACCUAGGGCAGAGCUUAUAAUACAAUGUCUCAUGACAGACAAUCCCAGUCCUGCAUGUUCCAGAGCAUAGUCUUGAUCAUCAAGUACAUCACCAAGAAAAUGCAUAAAUCAAAUGUCAAAUACAUUUGAAUGCUAAUUUCUAUGCACAUUUUUGUGCUUAAUGAAUGAACUUGGUUCAGAUUUUCACAGCGCAUAUAGCUUGGUUUUCAACACCACCACACACCUAUGCCUGUAUAUGUGUAGACUAGACUAAACUCCCAGUCUCCCUCUGUCUCUAUGCUCCAGGCACGGAUGAGGAGGACCUGGGUGAUGACCUACUCCUGUCCUAUGGGAAGGAGUUCUGGUGGUUCCCCCACAUGUGGAGCCACAUGCAGCCCCACCUUUUCCACAACCAAUCAGUGUUGGCCGAACAGAUGCUGCUCAACAGGAGGUUUGCACAGGUAGGUUGGGGGGUCCUCUUCAGACUUUACCCACACUACACAUUCUACACACUGAGGGUUGGGUUGUACUGAUACUAGGAGAUGGGUGGUUGUUCAAAAAAUGAAUUUCUGUUUGAAUGUCACCAUUACCGUUGAUUAAAAAGGUAGAAAAAUAGCACGGGUGAAUUAAAUCAGAAUGUGUUGAAUGAACUGGUUCUCUCCCCCAGGAGCAUGGCAUCCCCACCAACAUGGGCUACGCGGUAGCUCCCCACCACUCUGGGGUGUACCCCGUCCACGUCCAGCUGUACGACGCCUGGAAGAAGGUGUGGGGCAUCAAGGUGACCAGCACGGAGGAGUACCCCCACCUCAAACCUGCCCGCUUCAGACGAGGCUUCUACCACAGUGGCAUCAGUGUAAGGACUCUGCCCAAUCACCCCCUUUCCCCAUCCUCUCUCUCACACACACACACACACUAGGUUCUAUGUAUAAACUAGCAGUUCUUGAAAUUAUGUGUUAGUUGAUAUUUUCAAGACUUGGUUUUGUGCUCAAUCAUUUAACUAGAAGUAUUCAAUUGAGGUUGUUUGAUUUAUUUACUCUGGUUAGAGUUCACCCAGUUAUGUUAAUAGAUAAAAGCUCCGGCAUCUGGUAAGUGCUUGGUAUUGUAAGGUGUGUGCCUUUGAACGGACAAAGCUUAGUUUUUUGUGUGUUUGAACAUUUUGGUUUAGCUCUUGGUAACACAGCAUUGAGUGGAGUAAAGGAAAGGGAAGCAGCCGUGCUGCCACGCCAUGAGGGUGGCGUGGUCUAUUCACUCCCCUUCUCUAUCAGUAUUUACCCCUCCCCUCCCCGGAAAUACAGCAAGCUGACAGACAGACAGUAGUGUGAAUGAUCAUAAUAGAUAUUGCUAUGUUUAGCUCUCUCAACAUGAAAAUUUCACCGUCGAUGACAGCCCUGCCAAAAUCGACAAAGACAACUGCUGGCUGGUGAUGUGACGAAAACGUUGUCAUUUUUAGACAUGUUAAUCUCGCUGUCAAUGCCAAUUUAUUUACAGUAUCUCUACGAAGUCUCAUUUUAAGUCUAUAUGCUUGGCAUGGACAUAAACAACAGCUUGCCUGGGUACGAUAUUUAUGCUCAAAUGUCUCAUACAUUUUAGAGCUUAAAGAAAUGUGUAUUUUCUGUAUACACAUUGUGUUGUGGAUUUUAACCAUAAUGCUGAUCCUUGUUAGAAUGACCCUUUUCUAGACGCAGCACUUUUCAGUUAUUUAUUUAUUUAUUUAUUGUCUGGUGGAGGAGUGCGACGAUGUCACCGAGAUGUUAAUUCCGACCUCAACACAUCCCUGUGAAAUAUUCACUGGGUACUUGGCAGAGACUCUCUGAGGUGUAAACAUUGAUUUUUUUUUUUCCUCUCCCUCCUCCUCUUCUUUCUUCCACUCCCUCUUUACCCUUAAUCAGCAGUCUGUGACUCCCGUUAGCCACUCUGUGUUUUUAAAAAUCAGAGAGAGAGAUAAGCCUGGGAGCUUCAGUCUGUACAUCCAGCCUUCCCUUCCUUUCCCUCCCUAAGCAUCUCAGUGCUGCUUUCGCUGCUAUUUUUACCCACAGCCCCAGCUAGCUAUUAUCACAGGGCCAGAUUGAUACACCGGGUACAGCACUUCGGCUGAACAGACCUCGGCGAUGCUUUUUCAGGUCGUUCUGCUCCUGUGAUUGUGUGCUCGGAUGCCAACCGAUUGCGUGUUGUUCUGUUGUGUUUGAACAAUGUUAGGACAGAGGCUUUGUGUUAGGAUCGAGAAAUGGGUUCGAAGACAGACUAAAUUGAGCUGCGUCCUCAAGCAUUUAUGACCGAUUGGCCAUGUUUGGACAUUUGUGUAUUUGAUUAGUUAUUCACUGGGUAUCAGGGUCUGGUUAUAUUAGUACACUCACUGUGCAGAUGUGUUGAUAUGUAAUAUUGAUUGUGUGUUUUAUGUACUGUAGGUGCUGCCCAGGCAGACGUGUGGCCUUUUCACUCACACCAUCUUCUACAACGAGUAUCCUGGAGGACCCAAGGAGCUGGACAAACUCAUCAACGGAGGGGAGCUCUUCCUCACGGUGCUCCUCAACCCGGUGAGACCAGACACACCUCCAUAACUAGCAUCAGGAGACCAAUGCUCAUCUCUCUAUGGUUGCUUUGAAAAGCCUUAUUUGUUAUGGUUUUUUUUUUUUUUGCAUUUUGUGCAACGGUGGUUGGAAAUGACAUUGACAUUGCAGACAGUGCAUUGAAUGUUGUUCUGUGUUUUUCAUUCCUUCCUCACAGAUCAGCAUCUUUAUGACCCACCUGUCCAACUACGGGAACGACCGUCUGGGUCUGUCCACCUUUAAGAACCUGGUGAAGUUCCUCCAGACGUGGACCAACCUGCGGCUGCAGACCCUGGCGCCUGUGCAGCUGGCUCAGCGCUACUUCCAGAUCUUCCCCGAGGAGAGGGACCCCAUCUGGCAGGUGUGUGUGUUUUGUGUGUGUGAGAGGCCAUGAGAGCUGUGGGUCACUGGGUGUUUGGAACUCGGGACUAUCAUACACCAGGCUGUCAUUUUAGAGAAGGCUAGAGAUGUUGCCUUUUGACUCAGUCUCCAUUGCUUCAUACAGUGCAAAUCUUAUUUUGUUAGGUACAGCUAGGAGAGGCUGGCUCUUUGAACUGUGGUUUUGUUGUACUCCUGCUUCCACAGUACCACUCUUUGACACUGUUUCCCAUCAACGCAGAAAAAAGACAGGUUUCCUUCCCUAAGAGGUCCAAGUGCCAUCUUGGCAGUUCCUCACACUGACUGUCAAUAUUGAGUUCUCACUAAGUGGAUAGGUUAAUGUGUGCCGGCCGGCUCCCUUUGAAGUUUGGAGCAAACUUGUGCCUGCCUGGGUCCAAAGGUUUCUUCAUCAGAGCACUGUGUUAAAUGUCUUGGGAUUAAUGUGAUAUCCUGGUCGCCUCAUUACCCAUCAUGCAGAUGGCAGUGGGGACUGAAGGGAAAGAGACAGAUAGAUUUAAGGCAGUUGGCAUCAGCUUGACAUGCAGAUUGACCCUGAGGCUCGCCUUGCAGGGCUGCUCUGCACUAUCUGCCACACAGAUACACUGAAGGCUACUCCACACUCAGGAAAAACAAUGAAGAGGCAGCCUGCCUGAUACUGAUUACGGGUUCUUUUCCUAGGCCUUUCUUGUAGAAGCAUAAUUGAUCAAGGGGUGAAUCAGUAACCAAAUGUUUGAGUCUGCUCCCCCAAACCUCUGUUGGACUAGACUGGUUUGGUUAAUUUGAGCUGAAUUAAAAGUACCCAUCCUCCGCUUGGCAUUGUUGGUCACACAGGGUGGAUACAGUUGCCUGUAACCAUUGUGCCGCAUGUCUGUACACUCCCCCCACAGGUCUCACUGCUUUCUUGGCUGGCUUUAACACCGUAACUCUGAAGUCCCCUGGCCAAGUCAGUGGUAGACUUUAAUUACAAACAGACUGCCGCUAGAUAUGAUACUGGAGCCUGAAGAGUCUGUGUGUCUGUGUGUGUGUGUGUGUGUGUGUGAGAACAAGUCAUAUCCAUGGCAACUUAUCCUGAGGCACCUUCCCGUUUACUGAACUGAACUUCCAGGUGAACUAACUCUGCCCACUCUGUCCCUACAGGACCCCUGUGAGGACAAAAGGCACAAAGACAUUUGGUCCAAAGAGAAGACAUGCGACCGAUUCCCGAAGCUGCUCAUCAUUGGACCACAGAAGACAGGUGAGCAGUAAACGGAUAUCAUAUUGUACAAAAACAUUAUCUCAUGAGGCCUCCCGAGUGGCGCAUCGGUCUAAGGCACUGCAUCGCAGUGCUUGAGGCGUCACUACAGACCCGGGUUCGAUCCCAGGUUCUGUCACAUCCCAGGUUCUGUCACAUAGGGCGGCGCACAAUUGGCCCAGCGUCGUCCGGGUUAGGGACAAGAUCAUAAUUGGAUUGCAAUUGGAUAUUGCGAAAUUGGGGAGAAAAAGGGGGUAAAAUACAACAACAACAAAAAUAAUAUUAUACAUACAUACAUACAUACAUACAUACACUACCGGUCAAAAGUUUUAGAACACCUACUCAUUCAAGGGUUUUUCUUAAUUUUUACUAUUUUCUACAUUGUAGAAUAAUAGUGAAGACAUCAGAACUAUGAAAUAACACAUAUGGAAUCAUGUAGUAACCAAAAAAGUGUUAAACAAAUCAAAAUCUAUUUUAUAUUUGAGAUUCUUCAAAUAGCCACCCUUUGCCUUGGUGAAAGCUUUGCACACUCUUGGCAUUCUCUCAACCAGCUUCAUGAGGUAGUCACCUGGAAUGCAUUUCAAUUAACAGGUUUGCCUUCUUAAAAGUUAAUUUGUGGAAUUUCUUUCCUUCUUAAUGCGUUUGAGCCAAUCAGUUGUGUUGUGACAAGGUAGAGGCGGUAUACAGAAGGUUGUCCAUAUAUACCAAGUCCAUAUUAUGGCAAGAAAAAGCUCAAAUAAGCAAAGAGAAACGACAGUCCAUCAUUACUUUAAGACAUGAAGGUCAGUCAAUACGGAAAAUCUCAAGAACUAAAGUUUCUUCAAGUGCAGUCGCAAAAACCAUCAAGCUCUAUGAUGAAACUGGCUCUCAUGAGGACCGCCACAGGAAUGGAAGACCCAGAGUUACCUCUGCUGCAGAGGAUAAGUUCAUUAGAGUUACCAGCCUCAGAAAUUGCAGCCCAAAUAAAUGCUUCACAGAGUUCAAGUAACAGACACAUCUCAACAUCAACUGUUCAGAGGACACUGUGUGAAUCCGUCCUUCAUGGUCGAAUUGCUGCAACGAAACCACUACUAAAGGACACCAAUAAGAAUUAGAGACUUGCUCGGGCCAAGAAACACGAGCAAUGGACAUUAGACCGGUGGAAAUGUGUCCUUUGGUCUGGAGUCCAAAUUGGAGAUUUUUGGUUCCAACCGCCGUGUCUUUGUGAGACGCGGUGUGGGUGAACGGAUGAUUUCCGCAUGUGUAUUUCCCACCGUAAAGCAUGGCGGAGGAGGGGUUAUGGUGUGGGGGUGCUUUGCUGAUGACACUGUCUGUGAUUUAUUUAGAAUUCAAGGCACACUUAACCAGCAUGGCUACCACAGCAUUCUGCAGCGAUACGCCAUCCCAUCUGGUUUGGGCUUAGUGGGACUAUUAUUUGUUUUCAACAGGACAAUGACCCAACUCACCUCCAGGCUGUGUAAGGGCUAUUUUACCAAUAAGGAGAGUGAUAGAGUGCUGCAUCAGAUGACCGGCCUCCACAAUCCCCCGACCUCAACCCAAUUGAGAUGGUUUGGGAUGAGUCGGACGGCAGAGUGUAGGAAAAGCAGCCAACAAGUGCUCAGCAUAUGUGGGAACUCCUUCAGGACUGUUGGAAAAGCAUUCCAGGUGAAGCUGGUUGAGAGAAUGCCAAGAGUGUGCUAAGCUGUCAUCAAGGCAAAGAGUGGCUAUUUGAAGAAUCUCAAAUAUAACGUAUAUUUCGAUUUGUUUAAUACUUUUUUGGUUACUACAUGAUUCCAUAUGUGUUAUUUCAUAGUUUGAUGUCUUCACUAUUAUUCUACAAUGUAGAAAAUAGUAAAAAUACAGAAAAACCCUUGAAUGAGUAAGUGUUCUAAAACUUUUGACCAGUAGUGUGUGUAUAUACAGUGGGGGAAAAAAGUAUUUAGUCAGUCACCAAUUGUGCAAGUUCUCCCACUUAAAAAGAUGAGAGAGGCCUGUAAUUUUCAUCAUAGGUACACGUCAACUAUGACAGACAAAAUGAGAAAAAAAAUACAGAAAAUCACAUUGUAGGAUUUUUAAUGAAUUUAUUUGCAAAUUAUGGUGGAAAAUAAGUAAUUGGUCAAUAACAAAAGUUUCUCAAUACUUUGUUAUAUACCCUUUGUUGGCAAUGACACAGGUCAAACGAUUUCUGUAAGUCUUCACAAGGUUUUCACACACUGUUGUUGGUAUUUUGGCCCAUUCCUCCAUGCAGAUCUCCUCUAGAGCAGUGAUGUUUUGGGGAUGUCGCUGGGCAACACGGACUUUCAACUCCCUCCAAAGAUUUUCUAUGGGGUUGAGAUCUGGAGACUGGCUAGGCCACUCCAGGACCUUGAAAUGCUUCCUUCGUUGCCCGGGCGGUGUGUUUGGGAUCAUUGUCAUGCUGAAAGACCCAGCCACGUUUCAUCUUCAAUGCCCUUGCUGAUGGAAGGAGGUUUUCACUCAAAAUCUCACGAUACAUGGCCCCAUUCAUUCUUUCCUUUACACGGAUCAGUCGUCCUGGUCCCUUUGCAGAAAAACAGCCCCAAAGCAUAAUGUUUCCACCCCCAUGCUUCACAGUAGGUAUGGUGUUCUUUGGAUGCAACUCAGCAUUCUUUGUCCUCCAAACACGACGAGUUGAGUUUUUACCAAAAAGUUCUAUUUUGGUUUCAUCUGACCAUAUGACAUUCUCCCAAUCCUCUUCUGGAUCAUCCAAAUGCACUCUAGCAAACUUCAGACGGGCCUGGACAUGUACUGGCUUAAGCAGGGGGACACGUCUGCACUGCAGGAUUUGAGUCCCUGGCGGCGUAGUGUGUUACUGAUGGUAGGCUUUGUUACUUUGGUCCCAGCUCUCUGCAGGUCAUUCACUAGGUCCCCCUGUGUGGUUCUGGGAUUUUUGCUCACCGUUCUUGUGAUCAUUUUGACCCCACGGGGUGAGAUCUUGCGUGGAGCCCCAGAUCGAGGGAGAUUAUCAGUGGUCUUGUAUGUCUUCCAUUUCCUAAUAAUUGCUCUCACAGUUGAUUUCUUCAAACCAAGCUGCUUACCUAUUGCAGAUUCAGUCUUCCCAGCCUGGUGCAGGUCUACAAUUUUGUUUCUGGUGUCCUUUGACAGCUCUUUGGUCUUGGCCAUAGUGGAGUUUGGAGUGUGACUGUUUGAGGUUGUGGACAGGUGUCUUUUAUACUGAUAACAAGUUCAAACAGGUGCCAUUAAUACAGGUAACGAGUGGAGGACAGAGGAGCCUCUUAAAUAAGAAGUUACAGGUCUGUGAGAGCCAAAAAUCUUGCUUGUUUGUAGGUGACCAAAUACUUAUUUUCCACCAUAAUUUGCAAAUAAAUUCAUUAAAAAUCCUACAAUGUGAUUUUCUGGAUUUUUUUUUCUCAAUUUGUCUGUCAUAGUUGACGUGUACCUAUGAGGAAAAUGACAGGCCUCUCUCAUCUUUUUAAGUGGGAGAACUUGCACAAUUGGUGGCUGACUAAAUACUUUUUUUCCCCACUGUAUAUAUCAUAAACAUGGUUACCUCAGUUCAGUGAUACAACCACACCCGCAGCAAUUAUCAGUUGUAAACCCACACACCAGUAGAAAUCCACUUUUUUGAGCUGCAAGACGAUGGCUAGAGCUUACCCAUGAUGUUGCACAACGAUUUAAGUCAAUAAGUCAUUGUUUUAGUCAAAGUAUGAUGUAUUUGGGCAUGAAGUGACAUCUGAUGGGCCCACUUCGUCCAAAUCCGUGUGAAUACGGUGUCUUUUCCUAUGAUAUGACAUACAAAUUAUUUUCAGCCAACGUUUUGUUUCAGGGCUGGGUUUUAUUUUAUUGUUACCAGCAUUGCAUUGUUUAUUAAUUAUAAACAGCUGCCGAGUUAUUCCAAAGUUAUUGGCCGCCUGAGCACAUAUAAAUAAGGGGUGCAAACUUAUGUUUUCUCACCUCCACUUUUUAUACGAUAAAAAUUAUCAAAAUCCAUUGGGAUCUUUUUUACAUUUUCACUUAUUUUUGAGCUAGUCUGUAUUAUAAAUAUAUAUCUGACCAUUUUAUAAAUGGUAUAAUUGCGUGAUAGGUUGGCAUUUUGCAAACCCACUCCCCCCGUCACCCCAAGAUGAAUGGUUUUGACCACUAAGGUUUUCCGUCACUACAUGCUCCAGAUAAGGUUAGCAAGAUGGCUAGCUAUCUAGCUAGAUAAUGUAAGCAUGCUAGCUAGCUACACUGACAGCUGUCAGUACCCUAUUUGUUGAUGUUUUUCAACUUUAUCAACAUAUUCCCAAUUUGUGAAUAUGUAUCCUCGAAGCUGGAACCUAAAUGUGCAUUUCCACUCUAUGACAGUCGUUUAACCUGUCAUAGAGUGGUCUAAGGCACUGCAUCGCAGUGCUAGCUGUGCCACUAGAGAUCCUGGUUCGAAUCCAGGCUCUGUCGUAGCCGGCCGCGACCGGGAGACCCAUGGGGCGGCGCACAAUUGGCCCAGCGUCGUCCAGGGUAGGGGAGGGAAUGGCCGGCAGGGAUGUAGCUCAGUUGGUAGAGCAUGGCGUUUGCAACGCCAGGGUUGUGGGUUCGAUUCCCAAGGGGGACCAGUAUGAAAAAAAUUAAAAAAUAUAUUUUAAAAAAUUAACUAACUGUAAGUCGCUCUGGAUAAGAGCGUCUGCUAAAUGACUAAAAUGUAAAUGUAAAUGUAGGUAACUGUCAAAAUAAGGGAAACACCAACAUAAAGUGUUUUAAUAAGGCGUUGGGCCACCACUAGCUGCCAGAACAGCUUCAAUGUACCUCGGUUCUACAAGUGUCUGGAACUCUAUUGGAGGGAGGCGACACCAUUCUUCCACGAGAAAUCCCAUCCCUUGGUGUUUUGUUGAUGGUGGUGGAAAACGCUAUCCCCCAUUUACUCAAGUGUUUCCUUUAUUUUGGCAGUUACCUGUACAUCCAGAGACAUGACCUGAGCUCGUUCCAGGUGCAGCUAGGAGGUUAUAGAUACUGUACUGUAUGUCUCAGUUAGUGUACUCUACACACCACCAGUGUGUGGCUCACAGUACUAGAUCCACUGCACCAGAAAGACAAGCGCUUCUCUGCCUGGCAUGGAGCAGCCUUGAACCUUUGUUUAUUGACAGCCUGGAGAGAAGCGAUGGAUAAUGGCAGAUGGGCAGUCAUUUACGGAGUGUCACACACUUUAUUUAAUUUAUAGGAUCACUGCAGAGGCAGGCAAGCAGUCAGUCAUUGGGUUUUAUUGUAACCUUGACUGCUCCCCACUAAAUGGGAAAUUCAGGUUUACUGAGUAGCCUAAUUAAACUUCUUAAAGAUGUCUUAAGGGAGCGAUAGCCCUCCUUCUGAGAUUGCUGUAAAAUGGCCAUGUUAAUCUUUUCAAUCAAAACGGAUUAGGGGGUUGGGUCUGAGAGUAAAUUUACACAUUUCACCAUUGUAAUUACCAAACUGCACCAGCACUCACAAAUAGUUUGGUCAGCCAUCUUGUCUGUCAACUUUACAUUCACCACUCCUCUUUACCUGACACUUUAUAUCUUACUUAGUUGAGUGUUUUGGGCUCUCAGCCUCUAGGUAGACCUGUUGCUAUUUAAAGCUUUAGCACAUUUCAGAGGGGUAGUAAAUAGCUGUGGUAAAGAACCAGAAAUAUAUGCAAGGUUAGCAUUUACAGUGUCUUCAGAAAGUAUUCACACCCCUUGAUUUUUUCCACGUUGUGUUACAGCCUGAAUUUAAAAAUUAAUUAAAUUGAGAUUUUGUGUCACUGAUCUACGCACAAUACCCCAUAAUGUCAAAGUGGAAUUUUGUUUGUAGAACCUUUUGGAAAUUAAUAAAAAAUGAAAAGCUGAAAUCCUCUUGAGUCAGUAAGUAUUCAACCCCUUUAUGGCAAGCCUAAAUAAGUUCAGGAGUAAAAAAAUAUGCUUAACAAAUCACAUAAUAAAUUGUAUUGACCCAUUAUGUGUUCAAUAAUAGUGGUUAACAUGAAUUUUGAAUGACUACCCCAUCUCUCUACCCCACACAUAAAAGUAUCUGUAAGGUCCCUCAAUCGAGUAGUGAAUUUCAAGCACAGAUUCAACAACAAAGACUAGGGAGGUUUUUUCAAUGCCUCGCAAAGAAGGGCACCGAUUGGUAGAUGUAAAAAUUAUUAUAAUAACAGACGCUGAAUAUCCCUUUGAGCAUAGUUAUUAAUUAGGCUUUGGAUGGUGUAUCAAUACACACAGUCACUACUACUAACUCGAUUGCCGGAGAGGAAGGAAACCGCUCUGGGAUUUCACCAUGAGGCCAAAGGUGACUUUAACUGAGGAUGGAUCAACAACAUUGUAGUUACGCCACAAUACUAACUUAAAUGACAGAGUGGAAAGAAGGAAGGCUGUACAGAAUAAAAAUAUUCUAAAACAUGCAUCCUGUUUGCAACAAGGCACUAAAGUUAGAAAUGUGGCAAAGAAAUUAACUUUUUGUCCUGGAUACAAAGGGUUAUGUUUGGGGCAAAUCCAACAAAGCACAUCACUGAGUACCACUCUUCAUAUGUUCAAGCAUGUUGGUGGCUACAUCAUUUUGUGGGUAUACUUGUUAUCGGCAAGGACUAGGGAAUUUUCUGGGAUAAAAAUAAACUGAAAAUACAGCUAAGCACAGGCAAAAUCCUAGAGGAAAACCUGGUUCAGUCUUCUUUCCAACAGACACUGGUAGAUUAAUUCACCUUUCAGCAGGACAAUAACCUAAAACACAAGGCCAAAUCUAUGCUGGAGUUGCUUACCAAGACGACAUUGAAUGUUCCUGAGUGGCCUAGUUACAGUUUUAACUUAAAUCGGCUUAAAUCUGUGGCAAGACUUGAAAAUGGCUUUCUAGCAAUGAUCAACAACCAACUUGACAGAGCUUAAAUAAUUUGUUAAAGAAUAAUGGGCAAAUAUUGUACAAUCCAGGUGUGGAAAGCUCUUAUAGAGAAAGAUUCACAGCUGUAAUUGCUGCCAAGGUGUUUCUAACAUGUAUUGUCUCAGGGGGGUGAGUAGUUAUCUAAUCAAGGUAUAUUAGUGUUUUAUUUUUCAUUCAUUUUUAAUACAUGUAAGAAUUGUUCUUCCACUAUGACAUUAUAGAAUAUUUUGUGUAGAUCGUUGAACCAAAAAUGAUAAUUAAAUCCAUUUUAAUCCCACUUUGUAACACAACAAAAUUAGCAAAAAGUGAAGGGGUGUGAAUACUUUCUGAAGGCACUAUGUCUAAUAUCUAACAUAUAUACAUUGCCUAAUAGGAUCUAUAUUGGAUAUUUGUAUCAGCAAUACUCAUGAAAAGUCCUGGUCUCUGUGCAGGCACCACAGCCCUGUAUCUGUUCCUGGGGAUGCAUCCUGAUCUGACCAGUAACUACCCCAGCAAGGAGACCUUUGAGGAGAUCCAGUUCUUCAAUGGCCACAACUACCACAGGGGCAUCGACUGGUAUGUGACUCCCCUUGUCCUACUCGAUCAUUUUGCAUUGCCACCACUCCGGCACUAAUUCCUCUUCUCCAAGACAUUUCCAACAGUCCUGGUUGUGUUUUGGGGGCAGCAUGUUGGAAUGGAGAGAGAAAUUGCUCAUGUUAACCACCAUGCUUUUCAUAGUAUAUUAAACCAACUGAGUUGCACAGUUUUGAGACAUAUUCCAGUUAGUAUUUUUGGCUUUAGAGGAAUGUUUCAUCCUUCAAAGGGAGAGGCUUUGGUUCAUCCCCCUCUGAGCUCAAUCAUUGAUUAACAGAAAGCAGACCAUUGGAUUAAUGUGUGUGGUGGGCUCAGUUGUGGAAAAUCAGUCUCUUACUCCCAUUCAGCUAGUGAUUGGUUUAUGCCGGUGCAGUCAUAUGUUUUAUCCCAAACAUUUCAGAAUUGUCAUAGUUAUUGAUGAAAAAUGAAACUAGUCUGUGUUGUUUACAUAGGAUAUUGGUAUUUGUUAUAUGGACAAGAAUUAUAUAGUUUAUCUUGAAUCAUUCUGAUCCUUUUUGUCAGGUAAUUGUUGUUGUUAUACUGUUAUGUUGUACUUAAAUGCUGCAAAGGAAUUGUCUUUUGGUGACAAAGAUUAAUCUAAUCUGAUUCAAACCGCUCUGUCUGUUUUUCCUCGCUGGAACAGGUACAUGGAGUACUUUCCCCUACCCUCCAACACCAGCUCAGACUUCUACUUUGAGAAGAGUGCCAACUACUUUGACUCAGAGGUGGCUGCACGGCGGGCAGCCGCCCUCCUGCCCAAGGCCAAAAUCAUCACCAUCCUCAUCAACCCUGCAGACAGGGCCUACUCAUGGUACCAGGUGAGCCUCCCUCCCAGAGAAAAAACACUUCCCACUGUUCCAUUUCCAACAUCAGACUCUAUUAUAGGGAUAGCAAUUGGGUGAAAUGUUGUGGGUGGCUUGAGGGUAGCUUCACUCCUUUUCCAGGUCAGCUGCAUUGAUGAUUUCCCUUGAGCUUGGAAAUAAAUUAUCUAAUAUCCUGGUAUAGAAGUAGGUGAUGUACCGGUUUGUAGGAGUGUGAAAUGAGUUGGAAUGCCCUCUGCAAGGACACAGAGCUGUGGAUGAAUCUGGCAAGAUGGGCUGACUGUGAUGUCAUAUCUGUCUGUUCUGCCCCAGCACCAACGUGCCCAUGGCGACUCAGUCGCCCUGAAGUAUACUUUCCAUGAUGUCAUCACUGCUGGCCGCGAUGCCCCCAUCAAGCUGCGGGUGCUCCAGAACCGCUGUAUGGUACCGGGCUGGUAUGCCACCCAUCUGGACCGCUGGCUCAACCACUACCAACCCAGCCAGGUACGUUUGGUCAUCUGGGUCCCAGGUGUGCAUGCUUAUAGUCAUGCGUGUUUACAGUUGUCAGUAAGUGAUUGGGCAAAAGCAUGUGGUUAAAUGGAAACAAACAUUUAUUUAUUCAGUCUGUAUACAGUGAGGGAAAAAAGUAUUUGAUCCCCUGCUGAUUUUGUUCGUUUGCCCACUGACAAAGAAAUGAUCAGUCUAUCAUUUUAAUGGUAGGUUUAUUUGAACAGUGAGAGACAGAAUAACAACAAAAAAAUCCAGAAAAACGCAUGUCAAAAAUGUUAUAAAUUGAUUUGCAUUUUAAUGAGGGAAAUAAGUAUUUGACCCCUCUGCAAAACAUGACUUAGUACUUGGUGGCAAAACCCUUGUUGGCAAUCACAGAGGUCAGAUGUUUAUUGUAGUUGGCCACCAGGUUUGCACACAUCUCAGGAGGGAUUUUGUCCCACUCCUCUUUGCAGAUCUUCUCCAAGUCAUUAAGGUUUCGAGGCUGACGUUUGGCAACUCGAACCUUCAGCUCCCUCCACAGAUUUUCUAUGGGAUUAAGGUCUGGAGACUGGCUAGGCCACUCCAGGAACUUAAUGUGCUUCUUCUUGAGCCACUCCUUUGUUGCCUUGGCCAUGUGUUUUGGGUCAUUGUCAUGCUGGAAUACCCAUCCACGACCCAUUUUCAAUGCCCUGGCUGAGGGAAGGAGGUUCUCACCCAAGAUUUGACGGUACAUGGCCCCGUCCAUCGUCCCUUUGAUGCGGUGAAGUUGUCCUGUCCCCUUAGCAGAAAAACACAUAAUGUUUCCACCUCCAUGUUUGACGGUGGGGAUGGUGUUCUUGGGGUCAUAGGCAGCAUUCCUCUUCCUCCAAACACGGCAAGUUGAGUUGAUGCCAAAGAGCUCGAUUUUGGUCUCAUCUGACCACAACACUUUCACCCAGUUGUCCUCUGAAUCAUUCAGAUGUUCAUUGGCAAUCUUCAGACGGGCAUGUAUAUGUGCUUUCUUGAGCAGGGGGACCUUGCGGGCGCUGCAGGAUUUCAGUUCUUCAGGGCGUAGUGUGUUACCAAUUGUUUUCUUGGUGACUAUGGUCCCAGCUGCCUUGAGAUCAUUGACAAGAUCCUCCCGUGUAGUUCUGGGCUGAUUCCUCACCGUUCUUAUGAUCAUUGCUAUUCCACGAGGUGAGAUCUCCCCAGGCCGAGGGAGAUUGACAGUUCUUUUGUGUUUCUUCCAUUUGCGAAUAAUCGCACUAACUUUUGUCACCUUUUCACCAAGCUGCUUGGCGAUGGUCUUGUAGCCCAUUCCAGCCUUGUGUAGGUCUACAAUCUUGUCCCUGACAUCCUUGGAGAGCUCUUUGGUCUUGGCCAUGGUGGAGAGUUUGGAAUCUGAUUGAUUGAUUGCUUCUGUGGACAGGUGUCUUUUAUACAGGUAACAAGAUGAGAUUAGGAGCACUCCCUUUAAGAGUGUGCUCCUAAUCUCAGCUUGUUACCUGUAUAAAAGACACCUGGGAGCCAGAAAUCUUUCUGAUUGAGAGGGGGUCAAAUACUUAUUUCCCUCAUUAAAAUGCUAAUCAAUUUAUAACAUUUUUGACAUGUGUUUUUCUGGAUUUUUUUGUUGUUAUUCUGUCUCUCACUGUUCAAAUAAACCUACCAUUAAAAUUAUAGACUGAUCAUUUCUUUGUCAGUGGGCAAACGUACAAAAUCAGCAGGAGAUCAAAUACUUGUUUCCCUCACUGUAUACUGUAUGAGCAUGGUUAGUACUGUGUGUGUGUGUGUGUGUGUGUAUAGGUGUGUAUAGACUGUUGGUGUUGUAUUUGAGACAGCUCAUCUUGUCUAUCUGACCUACUGUGGUGUUGUAACUGGUUCCUCAGAUCCUGGUUCUGGAUGGUCAGGUGCUGAGGACGGAGCCUUUUGCCGUGAUGGACAAGAUCCAGAAGUUCCUUGGGCUGACAAACACACUGAACUACCACAAUAUUCUAGCGUGAGUGUCUUAUUAGGCCUUGGAAAUACUGUAGACCCACUUGCUAGAGCCAACACUUGGCAAAUGAAGGCUUUUGUUUCCCUAACCAUUUGAAAUGUAACAUUAUGCAGAUUAAUGUAUUGAGCUGGCCAACACCAGUGUGGCUGUGGAGGAGCCCAUCUUUCCUGUUUGGAGCAGAGGUGCUUGGUUUGUGAACAGCUUUGAUGUGAUUUUCAGAAUGUUCCCUUGUGGAGGGAUCACCAUCGCUUUGACAUCACCAUGACAACCGAUACCCUUUCUUUUGCCUCCCCCUGUUCACCAGCCCCCAUAUCUCUGUUUCUGCCUCUGAUGCUUGACCACAUAAUCACUCAGCCAGCCUCGUAAACAGCAACAUCUGUCAGCCACAUCCUCUGUAGACAAUGGAUAUGUUUUGUCCCGUGUCUCUUCUCUAAACACGAAGAGCCGCAAACCAUCUGUUCAGGAUGUUCCCUUUUGAUUUUGUUGAGAAUUUAUUUUCAUCAUUUUGACUGGCCCGCCUCCAUUUUAUGGUUCUGUGUUCCUCUGUUCCAGGUUUGAUCCCAAAAAAGGGUUCUGGUGCCAGUUGUUAGAUGGAGGGAAGACCAAAUGCUUGGGAAAGAGCAAAGGACGGAAAUACCCUGACAUGGACACAGAUGUAAUUUAUUAUUAACCUUUCCCUAAACAUAAAAGUGUAUUAAAUUAUUCAACACUUAUUUCACUUUUGUCACCUUGAAAAGCAAGUAUUUUUAUAUAGUUGGAUUGUCUCUCCUAGAAUAGAUUUUAUAGAAGAAGAAAAAAAUAUGUAUUUCCUACAGUCAGUGCUGCUUUAUCAUCUCAUUGCUUGUCUGUGACAGACUCGGCUCCUUUCAGGCUGGGUUUGGAAAGCCACCAGAUCGGGUAGAGUGUCUAAUGAGCAGACAUAGAGAGGGGUUUUGAGGGGGGCAAGGUGGGCAGUGGGCACUGAGCUCAGGUCCUUGAAGUUACCUUGACUGUUUUGGCACAGACACCUCGGAGGUAAUUAGCUGGGUAAUGGCGGGUGAUUUUUCUCUCUCUGCUUCAGUCAGAAUGGCAGGGCUCAUGAGACUCACAGAGCAGAGUUGCAGUGCCCGCUGCCUGAGUUGCUCAGUAUCUGGGCAAAAAAUCUCUGCACACUAAGUUAACGACAGAUCAUGUAAAAUGUAAUGUGGUAUUGUUCCCUGGGCAUAGAGUUAGAUAUUCAUGAUAACAUUGAAGAUUUUAGUAUAAUUUGAACACCAUCUAAAUGGGCAACUACGGAAUCUAGGGUGGAAGCUACAAAUGAUGUAUUGGUCUAUUAGAAUUUUUCUUGUAACUAUAUGACCCUAUAUUUGUCUCUCUCUCUCUCUCCCUCUUGUCCUGUGGCAGUCUCGCUCUUUCCUUAGGGAGCAUUACAGGGACCACAACAUAGAGCUGUCCAAGCUGCUCUAUAAGAUGGGCCAGCCUCUGCCCAGCUGGCUCAGGGAGGAGCUGCUCCACACCAGGUAGCCUCAGCAUGACCGGGGACACAAGGACAGAGGUGCCACCCCAACCUGCCCACACAGAGGGGAUGCACUCUCCCCUCUGCUCCAGCCAGUCACCGCCACACGGGGUGACCAGGAGCUGAGGAAGUAGGAGAGACACAGCAGCCCCUCCAUGCCCACUCAACCCAGUGGCCCCCAGGGACCAGGGACCCCAGCUUGGGGUGUGGGCCUCAGAAGGGAAAAGAGGCAGGGGUGAAGGAGAGAUGUGAACUGUGUUUAGGAUUGUUCUAUUUCUUUCUCAGAAAGAAUGACAAAGUGCCCGUCUUGACCAUGGGCACAUGCAUACAGCAACACUGGGGCAAAGAGAGAAGAGGGAGGAAUCAAAGAGAUGUAUCAUUUCCUCAAGGAGAACCAAUGUUCUUAUUCGGUCUCUCACACAGACAGACAGACAGACACACUCACUCUCUGUGCGCUUUGCAGAGGGAGGAGAAAGACUUUGUUUCUCUGUGCCAGUCAUGAAAAAUACACUAGCAAAUAAUGGAUAUUCAAGUGCCAGAGUGGAAUGUUAAUUUGAAAGUAUUUCUGAAUUUAUAUUUUAAUAAUUAACACUCAUAUACUGCUGGAUGUCUGUAUUUGUUUCCAAGCUGUUAUGGUUGCAUAAUGCAUCUGUCGAGACUUGUAUGUUCCUUUUAACUGUUCCAUGUUUUUAAUCUGUGUUCAUCUGAAAGCAUAACUGGAGUCCAUGUAUUGCUCCCACAGACCACCUGACCUUUAUCCAGUCACGUCAAAUCACCUUUGGGUCUCUAAGGCCUUCAAUUUAAUGAAUCCACAGUACAGUGGGUUAAAAAAGUGAAAACUGUAAUGAUAUUUCCAAACGAGACAAGCUUGCUUUGCAUUGGUCAGUGGAAUGUUCCCGCUUGUCCUUGGUUGUAACUGCCUUAAUAAUGAAAUAUUUAAACCCAUUCCUAAAUACAGCUGACCCUACCAUGUCUGUAGAGUACACUGCAAACUGAACAUAAAUGUGGCAUGAGAAAUUUAGCUGCACGUUUAAAGGCCUUAAGGUGGACAUUGCAAUUUAUCACUCCGAGGAGAUGGGCAUCAUCAUCGCCAUCCAACGUGUUACUGUACCGAGCACAUCUCUUGAUUUCCUCUAAUAGAGCAAGGAGAGCAGUAUGUUGACUCAUGGUCUUUCCCAACUCAUCUGACUCCAGCUUAAUCACCUCCCUAUUCAUUCUGUCACCUGAUUUGUUCCUCAUAUUGUGCCUGUACAAUAGGUGAGAGCAGAAUAGAAGGAUAUCUUUUGAUCGGCUCCACUUGGGAAGUAUACUGGGACCCUUAGCCCUAGUGUCGUGAUGUCCAGUUACAGACAACACCGUCUUCCCUUUCACUUGGAAUGGCUUUGCCACAUGUUGUUGUCAAACCAACACACCAGAGGAGCGUAGGUCACAGCAACAUGUAUCUAGCUCUGCAGCAUUUAGCUCUGCAGUGGUUGAUUUAGUAUUUAGUAUGCCCUUUGAACGCAAGCCCACUGAAUCAGAUGGUAGUGUAAAUGGCCGCCUGUAAGAAGUGGUCCGUAUCCUUCCAUGUAGGAUGGCUCUUAAAGGUUCACACUGCACCAUGUCAUCCUCAUACAUUAUUCAUCACUGCAGCUUAUAGCCCUAGCCCAUUUCAAAGUGUCCAAUCAGGUGUGUUCUGCAAAGACUUUGGGGAAAAUAAAGAGGUGAAAUUGGAUUUGAAGCUGCAAAUUCAAGACUGUUAAUCCCACCCUCUGGAGGAACUGGAGUUUUCUAUACAGGACACAUUGAGAGCCUUUUCAUUUCUCAGUUUAUUAGUCAAGGAUAGAGGAAUGUAAACUCGCAUCGUUUUAUCUCCUGUUAGAUGCUAUGGAGACAGAUACAAAUAAUAAGAACAUAUCUGGGAGGUUAAUGUUUCUUUGUUGUAUUACAAUUGAGUAUGUACAGACACAUGAUCUACUCUGAAUCCAUGCUCUCCUAGAAGCACAAUAUUUAUUUCUCAACACUAAGUGAAAGAAGAAGGUUUUGGUACAACUUUCCUGUUAAAGAGAACAGUCCUUGUUUGUUUGAGGGAUUUUGCAGUGCUCCAGAAUACAAGGGUCAUUUAGCAUUGUGUAUUACUUGGACUCUUGUAAACAAGUGUGGUCUUAUGGGACCAUUCUAGGUUAAUUGUAUUUAAGGUACUGAAUCAUGCACCUUGUGUGGUGACACACACGCAUGCACAAAUGCUGCUCUCAUUUCAAUUUGCUCAAGGAGCUGUGAUAUAUUCACAAAUCCUUUGUCUUGUCAUUUCCUUUGUCUUGUCAUUUCCUUUGAUUUUGAGCUGUUUUACAAUGCAAUAUAUGGUACAAGUGUUCUGGUUCAGAGUAUCAGGGAGGGUGUUGUGUUGUUGUUUGAGCCUAUAGACACGAUGGUCAGGAGAUGGGCCGAGCACGUUCCCAUGUCUGUGGGCAGUUCCUUCAUUACCCCACUCACUCAGCAAAAGUCCCAGUGAAUUUCACUCUGUAUGAUAAUGUUGGACAUUGAGUAGUGAUAAUUAAUUAACUAUAAGGAAAUGAUAAUCAUCUGGACUGUACAAUCAACCAAUUGUUGUUAAUAUUUUUUAUUGUUGGUAGCUAAUAUUUUUGUGAUUUUUAAUUUCCAAAUAAAGAAACCACUGUCUUUUUAA